GGUUACGGUCCUACAGAAGAAGAAGAAGAAGUCUCAUGGGCUGGGCUGACCUACCAGGACACAAUUAAGUGGAUAAACAAAUCUUUUCUCCGCUCUGAAUCAGGCUAUUAACAGAGGCAACAAGCUGCGGAAACAUCACGGUAAGAAAUCAGAAUAAAACACGGUAUGAUACUUUAACUAAAUCCGUGUUAUUUUAAUUCAGAGUCGAGGAUUUAACAAACGUCAUGGCUUACGUUGGAAGAGCAAAGUAGCAAGCUAACAUGUUAGCAUGAAGGUUUAAUCAAUUUGCAGCUGAACGAUCAAUACAUCAAUAUUCUGGUUUGAGUUUAUCUCCAUCUGCAAACAUACUUUAUGUGUUUGUUUUUUCCAGAGCACUACAAUCACAUACCCUCCACACUUUGCCAUGGGAACUGAUAAAAGGUGAAUAUUAAAUGUAUAUUGUUGAAAUGUAAUUUUUUUCCUCACAAAUUUUAACUCUUGUUUAUUUUGACUUAACAUGUUUUAUGUAUGUAUUUAUUUUGUUUUAAUUCUUGCUGCUCUUUUUAUUUUUCAAGUCUAAUUGAUUAUAUAAAUUUUAAUGGCACUUAACAUGAAGUAUAACCUGUUCCCACCUGUUCAGAUGAGCACACUCCUUAUAAUUGACCUUGUCAUGUUUUUGCUUGUUUUAUUUCCGCAAAGACACUCUGUAAAGUGUCCUUAAGUGUCCAGAGAGGCGCUUAUGAAUAAAAUGUAUUAUUAUUAUUAUUAUUAUAACUCUGACAUAUUAAUCACAUAGACCCAGUCGAGGUGAACGUAGUGGAAGAUAUGGUUCAGAUGGGAGGAGAGAUGAUCCGGAGUGGUAUGAAAGACGAGGUAGCAAUUUGGAGAGGGACUACGAUCGACGCUGGAGUGAUGAGAGACACAGAGAGCGCAGAGACAGCCCAGAGGUGGGUAAAUUCUAGUUUUCACCACCAUUUGGCAGGAAAUACUAAAUAUUUUUGAUCUGAGAUCAGCAGCGACAGCAUGAUGUUUCUGUUUAACUGCAACAGAGGGGUCGAAAACGGCGGAAUAGUGACAGAUCUGAUGAUGAAUAUGAGGGUGAUUGUCCAGACCAGGACUACAAAAUGGAGCAGGAGGAAGAGAGCAAGACCAUCAUGCUAAGGGGACUGUCACUUCAUGUCACGGAGGAAGAUGUAAGCCUACAGCACGAACUUAUGCUUUCUAGAGCACAAACGCACCCAGUUUGGCAAGAUUGUAAGGUAGCAUCUUAAACAGCAAAUGUGUUGUAAGGAAUGUAAUGGUAUAAGGGGAAUAGUAAGAAACGUACCUGGAAUGGGUUUAGUUAUGCCACAGAGCACAGUAGCACCUGGGCUGAGCUAUAAAACGAUAAAGAUGUAUAUCGAAAACUAAUUUCCCUCGAUAUCGAUACAAAACAUGGUCAAUAUCCUUUUCGAUAGUCGGCAUUCUGCCAUGUUUUGGUAGACUAUACAAAUAGCCAAUGAAAAGGGGAGUUGCUCUGUGUUCGCUUCGCGCUGAACCAGUCGUGCUGAAUUUGAACCAAGUAGCAAACAACUGCGUAGUAGCAGGCUGCAGCUACACGCAACCACAGCACUUUAACACGUGAAGCUGACAGCACUGUUGGUGAGAAAAAAGAAAAUGAGUGCUACCCCUGGCAGAAAUGCAGAUUAAGGCUCAACCGAUGACGACAUUGUUGACAACACUGGCACUAAAACGCCAGUGGUGUGGAGGUGUUUUGUUUUUUUGAGGUCGGACAUGAAGCAGAGUAAUGUGCACUGCAAAUUAUGUUGAGUACGUGUUCUUGCAAAUUUCUGUAUUGUGAUAUAUAUCGAUAUUGACUGAUAUGAAAAAAAUAUCCUUUGAUAAACUUUUUCCCAUAUCGCCCAGCCCUAGCACCUCGGAUCAUUUGUAAAUGUAAAUAACUGCGAACCAUAGAAGAGUGCUAGAUAUGUUUACUUUUCUGUUUAACCUUACAAGGAAAAAAAAGGGCUAAUGAAAGUUUUAUCAUGGAGUUAACUUAAAACUGUUUAAAAAGAUUGAGCUCCUCAAUGAUUAGCAAAAUAAUAAGAAAGAAAGUAAGUUGUUUUUAAGAUGGACUGGAGCCCAUGCUUCAUUUUCCAGAUCCGCUCAGCACUCGAGGAGCUGCAGGGUCCCCAGCCGGUGGACAUCCGCUUGAUGAAGAAAAGGACAGGUGAGUGUUGUUGAACAAAGGAGUGUCUCAAAUUCACUUUCACACUCUGUCUUAUAACACACUUUACUUUCUCUAAUGCAACUCCUGCUAAAAAAAAAAAAAAAAAGACUGAUAUUGCAGCCGUCAGAAGACCCUGUGUGACGCAUAAAUUGUCUGUCUAGUUUUGAUGCUAUGGCCAGGGAAGGAGGUAAAUGUAUGCACCAUUUUUGUACAGACAUUACAUGCUAACUCACAAAAUAUCUACCACCAUCCCCGUAAACCCAAUAAACUGCCUUCCCAAGCACAAUAUUAACUUGAAUUGGACUAUACAAGCCCACUGUGAGUUUGAAUGUUGCACCAAAGCAUUCUCACUAACACACCUCCCGUCUAUAUUUGAAUGCUGUCUCUAGGUAUAAGCCGUGGUUUCGCCUUCGUGGAGUUUUAUCACUUGCAAGAUUCUACCCGAUGGAUGGAGACCAAUCAGGUUGCCUCAACAAUCACCAAGUUUAGCUUUAUUCUUGGAGAUAAGAGCCCCAGUUAAACAGUACAUGUGUGUGAUCAUUGGGAGUUGUGCAGCAUUUGUAUUAUGCAAAGCCAAUAUUGUUGCUUAUAAGUCUGAGGAUGUUAUGAAGACUUUGGUCAUAAAAAUCUGUGAUGUCAGAGGUAUAUGUUUGAUAUCACACACCUAAUAAAUAUUUAAGGUAUGCAGCAGCAGGCCCAGUUUACUAUUGUAUAUUCAGCAUAGGAACAGUUUGAAGGCUUUUGCUUUAAAAAAUUUUUUUUUUGUCUGUUACUAACAUUGACAAAGAUAUAAAUCAUACAGAAACAACUCAAAUAAAGAGUUGUGUCUUUAUGAAGGGUCGUUUUCCCUGUCAGACGGCUUCAUAGCACAUUCUGCUCCAGCUCAGUCACUUGGAUAUUUUCUCAUCUCCAUUUAAAAUCCGAAGACUGGAGUGAGAUAUGGACGAGCUGGUAGCACUCCGAUCCAACACACACACACAAAAACACACGCGCUGUUUUUGUUGAGACACCAAUCAUCACAUUUCCCUCUGAGCCUUUCUAUCUACCUCUCUUUCUUUUUUUACUCUACCUAACCAGGGAGUGUAAGCCUAGCCACCUUUUCCUGUCCCUACUGUUCUCACCUAUGGGUGAGGUAGUGGCAGGACUUCACCUUUCUCUUUGGCGUAAGUGUUUCAGGAUUAGGAAUAACUGGCGGCUUUUUGACUUCACAGAACAAGUUGGUCAUCCAAGGGAAAACUAUUGCAGUGCACUACAGUAACAGGAAACAGAAGUUUGAAAACUGGCUUUGUAAUGCAGUAAGUGUGACUUUUUACUACUUUAUUUACUCGCCACUUUGCAGAGCUAUCAAAUAUGCUUUAAAAGAAAAGACGAGAAACUAAAUUGCUGUUGUUGGGUUUGAUGCAGUGUGGUCUUUACAAUUUCCGGAAGAGGCUCAAGUGUUUCAGAUGCGGAGCAGCCAAAACUGGUGAGUUGAUACUUCGCAAACCAGAGGGUUAAUUUGAUCGUUUUCUUAUCCCUUUACAUUUUCCACCUUCACCUGCGCUGACAGAGAACUUUCCAUGCACUUGUCUUUUUUGUUGUUCCUGAUUAAAGAUGGAGAGUCAGCAGGACUGAAUGGUUUAAGCGCUGAGGCUCAACAGCCAGGAGAUUACAAUGGAGACAGUCAGUUUUUUUUUUUAACCUCAUAUUUAAACUUAACAUUCAGUAAGAAAACUUAUUUAACAUUUGUUAAUUGUUCAUUUUUGUGUUUGCAGCAAUCAUUCUGAGAAACAUUGCCCCUCUUUCUACUGUUGAUGGAAUUUUGGGCAUAUUGGCCCCCUAUGCCAACCUAUCAGCAGGCAACAUCCGCCUCAUCAAAGACAAGCAAACGGGACAGAACAGAGGCUUUGCCUUUGUUCAGCUCUCAUCCCCUUUGGUAUGUGAUUUCUGUUGUUCAUGUGUAGUUGUCAUGUCAGUUAGUGUUCUUUGUCUUUGGAGGAUAUAGUGGGGUGGGGGGUAUACACUUGUGACAAUCUUGUAUCUUCUCUUGUAAAGGAGGCUUCUCAGCUGCUCACGAUUCUCCAGAGCCUUCAGCCACCUCUUAAACUGGACGGGAAAACAAUUGGUGUCGAUUAUGCCAAGAGCGCUAGGAAGUGAGUCACCACACCACAUACUGUUUGAUUCAGCUCUCUAUGAAUAGUGCACAUAAGCUCUUUUGUAUCUGUAAUGUGUGAACAACACCAUGUGGGAGGUUUUAUUCUCACAGAUAUUUUUAUCCUCUUGUUUUAUAAUGUAAGAAAGAAACAAUUAAACUGAAUCCAUUAUUCUACAUCACUUACAUCACUGUUCUUGGAGUGGCUGUGGCUCACAGCUAGACUUGGUUGUCUCUUGAUUAGAAGGUUGCCGCUGUCCACAUGAUGAAGUAUGCCGGGAGCAAUUAACCCCAAACUGUCCUCACUGGCUGCACCCUGCAGUGUAUGAAUGAGAUUAGUUACAACUGAUGGAUGCUUUACAUAGCAGCCUCUGUCAUCAUUGUGUGAACGUGACAUGUAACGUAACAGGGCUGAGAUAUCAGAAGAGUAGAUACAGCGUUUUCUCGACAUGGUACACAGUUUGCCCCUCUGAGUGCUGUGCUCUGAAGGUUGCUCCUUUAGAAGUGCACAGAGCUUUGUUAUUUUUCUGCACACCCUGUUUGAGAAAAUAAAAGUCUCUUUUCAUCUCACAAGAACUGCGGAUUUAAGGUAAAACUAAUCACUCUGUCCUCUCCAGAGACUCAGUGCAGCCUGAUGGUAUCAGAGCCAGUGCUCUCUCUGUGGCCAGCACUGCCAUUGCUGCUGCUCAGUGGUCUUCCACUCAGGUAUCACUCACUUACCUGUGCUUAUUGUUUCAAGUAAUUUUAUUUUAUUUUUUUUUAAAUAUCUUCAUCGGUUUUUGUAUUCAUACAACAACAUCCAACAAUUUAAACAUACAGCUGUAAUGAAAAUAAUAAUGAAAAGAAUGAAUAAUACAGAAGAGGUAAAUAAAUAAAAUAUCUACCUAUAUAUAAUACUAUGAAUAAUUAAAAAGAUAAAUUAAACCAACAAAUAAGUCAACAAAUUACUGAGCAAUAAAUAAUAGAUACAUUAAAAAGGGAAAAUAAUAGCAAUUGUUUAAAGUAACUUUGAUUUGUUGCAUUUCUUUUACUUUUGAGAUCAAAUGUGUUUUUAAUGUAAGGCCAAGAACACUCCUCUACAGAAAUGUCUUUUUUACAUAAGUUACAUCUGUCAGCAAAUAGCAGUAGUUCUGUUUCUUCAUCUUUGCAAGCUGCUCUUUGUGUUUGGCUGUCAUCCAUAUCUUCAGACUUGACAGGAGGGUAGAACUGACUUGUCCUCUUUAGUUUUCUUGACUGUCAGCUGUCAGAACUGGGCUGUUGAUUCUCAGUUCAAUUAUUAUUGUAAGAAUUACUGAAACACCACUGAGCCACUCCAUUUGUAAAAAUGGAUGCUGUGCUACCAAGAUUAUCACAGUUCUCUAUUAGACAGUGCCUCUGAUAGAAAUGCAACUUUAGAUGCAAAAUCUGGAUUCUCGUUUGUCUUAUCUUUUUUCUUCUCGUGUGUUUGUGUAGUUACAGCAAGGUUCAGGGACCACCUCUGACUAUGUCUCCUUACCAGAUGGUUAUGGCCAGCAAACACAGGUAAAGUUGGUAUGGCUGACUUUAAUUUAACACUGAUUUUAUCUAGGAGGACAAAUGACUGACGAGAUUUCUGCUUGAUGUGCAGGGACAGAAUUAUCAGGUGUGGCAGCAGCCUGAAGCGUUGGCUUCUGUCAUUGGAGAUGGAUUACUGGGAGGUAAAAAGAUCAUGUUCAAACAUUGAGAUGUGUUGAAUUAUUUUUUAUUUCUGAGACUGAAUUAUUUUAUUUUCUUAUCACUACCUGUUAGCUGCUCCAGGACUAAAGACUCUGAUCCCUGCAGCCACAGCAGGUGUGGUCAUAUCCCAGACAGCACAAGUUUAUCAACCGGUUGUCAUUAGCCAGUCUACCAUACAGGUAUGUAAAAUGGCAUUGCUAUAGACAUUGUUUUAAUUUAACUCCACAAUGUAGUGUAAUUGGUGUUUCUCCCACACUCACAGCCGCAUCAAGCAGUACGGCCCAUCAAUGCAGCGAGUGUUAGUGCUAGUGUUUGCGCUACAUCGUUGGUAACAUCAGCAGCUUCCACUGCUGCAGUUACGAUCAGUGCUGCUCCAACUUCUGACACAGCAGGUGAGAUCACUUUUAACAGUUUGGGAGCCUGGUAGAGCUCUGAGGUCAUCUAAUAGAAUAGAAUCGAAUAUUCCUUUAUCGAUCCCCCAUGGGGGAAUUUUUUUUGCCACAGCAGCAUCACAGACAAAGUGCAAAAAUGCAGUUAUAAAAAUAAAGAGCCUAAUAUUAAGAACUUAAAUAAAUGUAAUAAUUAAGAAAAAAUGUAGAAAAAGGGAGAAGAAAAAUAAAACUAUCUUCAAUGUACACAAUUUACACAUACACAAAAAGUGGUGGUGUGUGUCCAGUUAUUAUUACAGUUCGUUGUAAAGUCUUAUUGCAGAGGGGAGGAAUGGCCUGUGGUAGCACUCCUUCUUGCAAGGUGGAAGUCUCAGUCUGCUGCUGAAGAAGCUGCUUAAAGCCCCCACAGUCUGGUGCAGUGGGUGAGAGGGAUUGUCCAUGAUGGAUACAAGCUUUGCUAACAUCCUCCUCUCACCCACCUCCUCCAGGGAGUCCAAAGAGCAGUCCAGGACAGAACUGGCCCUCCUGACCAGUCUGUUCAGUCUCUUCCUGUCCCUCUCAGUGCUCCCUGCCCCCCAGCAGACCACCGCAUAGAAAAGUGCAGAUGCUACCACAGAGUCAUAGAAAGUCCUGAGCAGAGUCCUGCACACUCCAAAGGACCUCAGUCUCCUCAGCAGGUGGAGACGACUUUGGCCCUUCUUGUACAGGACGUCUGUGUUUGUUGACCAGUCCAGUUUGUUGUUGAGGUGGACACCCAGGAAUCUGUAGGACUCCACCGAUGUCCAGACCCUGGAUGUUCACUGGAACAGUCUGAGGUGUCCUCCUCCUGCGGAAAUCCACAACCAUCUCCUUUGUCGUACUGGCGUUGAGCUGGAGGUGGUUUGUGCCACACCAGCUGACAAAGUCAGUGAUGACAGUCCUGUAUUCCCGCUCAUCCCCUGAUGAUACACAUCCGACGAUGGCUGUGUCAUCAGAGAACUUCUGGAGGUGACAGCUCCCAGAGUUGUAGCUGAAGUCCGAGGUGUACAGGGUGAACAGGAAGGGUAAGGGCACUGUCCCCUGUGGAGCCCCUGUGCUGCAGACCACCAUGUCUGUCGGUGAGGUAGUCCAUGGUCCAUGCGGCUAGGUGACAGUCCACUCCUGCCCUCUCGAGCUUCCCCCUGAGGAGUGAAGGCUGGAUGGUGUUGAAAGCACUGGAGAAGUCAAAAAACAUGACCCUCACAGUGCUGCCGGUGUUCUCCAAGUGGGCCAUGGACCUCUGCAGCAGGUAGAUGACUGCGUCGUCCACCCCGAUGUUUGGCUGGUACGCAAACUGCAGAGGAUCCAGAUGAGAGCUCACCAGGGGGCGGAGGUUCCUCAGCACGAUCCUCUUCAGAGUCUUCAUCAGGUGAGAAGUGAGGGCCACAGGUCUGAAGUGGUUGGGCUCCCUGGGGUGUGCUGUCUUGGGGACAGGAAUCACGCAGGAAGUCUUCCACAGUGUUGGGACCCUCUCCAGACUCAGGCUCAAGCUGAAGAUGUGCAGUAGCACCUCACAGAGCUGGUCUGCACAGUCCUUCAGGAGUCUGUAGCUGAUGCCGUCAGGACCCGUGGCUUUCCUUGGCUUCAUCGUCCUCAGCUCACUUCUCACCUGGUCAGCUGUUAUGGAGAGGCUUGGGGUGGUGCUGGAGGGGGUGGUGGAGGAUGAGUGGAUGGGCUUGAUGAUGCCGGUGCCAUGGGACUGAGGUGGUGUGAAGAAGGAGCAGCAGACGGUUUGUUGGUUUGAUGAGUCGGGGGAGGAGUGGGAGCAGAGUCAAAUCUAUUGAAGAACAGAUUCAGCUCGUUGGCCCACUCCCUGUCUCCUGCUUCAGGUCCCCUCUCGUGGCCCCUGCUAUGACCUGAGAUGGAUUUCAGGCCUCUCCAGACCUCCCUUGCGUUGUUCUGUUGCAGAAGGUUUUCCAUCUUGGUCUUGUAGCUGGCCUUUCCCUCUCUGAUCUUCUUCUUCAGCUCCUUCUGCCCCCUCCUCAGCUCCUCCUUGUCCCCAGAUUUAAAGACCCUCCUCUUCUCCUUCAGGAGGACUAUAAGUUCCAGGGUCACUCAGGGUUUGCUGUUGGAGAAACACCGUACUUUCCUGGUGGAUACGGUGUUCUCUUCUGCUGGAAGUGCCCAGAUCAAAAUACAAGCACUGGGGUGACUGGGCCUUUUCAAUUGCUGGUCCCAGGCUCUGGAUUAAGCUCUGCACCGAAAUGCGACUUAUUUCUGACCUGGGCCUUUUCAUAUCUCAACUGAAAAUUUAUUUAUUUAUGCUGGCUUUUAAUACCCAGUAGCGUGGUGACACUUUUACUUUAUUUUAUUGAAUUGUAUCUUAUUCUUUUUUUAUUGCCUUAAUUGUUUUUAUUUAUUCAUUUUUAUUUACCAUGUAUUUUAGAGCACUUUGGUUCACUGAAAGCGUUGUGGUAAAGGGCUGUAUAAAUAAAGAACAUUUACAUUUACACAACUGAACCAUAGAAUAACCCAUCUACAUGUAAGUCAUUGGAUCAACCUUACAUACACUAAAGCCUAAAAGUUUGGAAGCAAGAGUCACAACUUCAGUGCAAAAGCAAAAAAACAAAUCACAGUUGGAUUAUUCACUUCAACUUUUUGACUUUUGAGAGUCUGCCUACAAAAAUCCUAAUCAAUCUCAACUGCAUUCAAACUACCGCAGAAAUGGCUAGAAAGAAGCAACUGAGUAAAGAAACAAAAGUACAGAUUUGUAUAUUGAGGAAAGAAGGAUACACAGAAAGAGAAGUUGAAAAACGCCUAAAGGUGUCUAACAAAGGAGUUCACUACACUGAAGAGACUAGAGAAACCUGGAAAUUAUGAUGAUAGAAAAAGACCUGGACGAAAGAGAGUUACUACAAAAGCAGAGGAUAAACAUAUCAUUGUCAUCAGUAAGAGAGAUCGGCAAAAGACAGCACCACAAAUAAGAGAGGAAAUCAACAUGACAAGGUCAAAACCCAUAUCUCUGACAACUGUGAAAAGACGUUUGAGAAAGGCUGGUCUGAAGGGUUGUGUAUCUGCAAAAAAAACACUACUUCGUCCAAAGAACAAGAAAAAGAGAUAUGAGUGGGCAAAAGCUCACAAAAAUUGGACUUAUGAUGACUGGAAACAAGUUUGCACUGUUUGGUUCAAAGCGCAGAGUCUAUGUCCGCAGACAAACUGGUGAACGUCUGAAAGCACCAUGUGUUACACCCACAAUUCAGCAUGGAUGGGGGUAGUUCCAUGGUAUGGGGAUGUUUUGCAGGUAAUGGAGUAGGAGAUUUGUUUGAAGUAAAGAGUAUCAUGAAGAAGGAACAGUACCACUCCAUCCUCCAGCACCAUGCUGCUCCAGCUGGACUCAGACUUGUGGCUCAUAAGUUUGUUUUGCAGCAAGACAAUGACCCUAAGCAUUCUGCCAAGCUCUGUCAGGGUUACCUAGACAAAAAAAGAAGAGGAAGGUGUUCUUCAAAAGAUGGUUUGGCCCCCUCAGUCUCCAGACCUUUCUCCAACUGAGCUUGUGUGGGAUGAAUUGGAUCGAUCGGUCAGAAAAAUGCAUCCCACGAAUCAGCAGUCUCUUUUUAAUGAACUUAAGAAAGCUUGGAAUGCAAUCCCUGGAAGAUACCUUAAAAACUUGUGGAAUGAAUGCCUGGUAUAUGCCAAGCUGUUGUUAAAGCCAGAGGAGGUUACUUUAAAGAAAGCAAAGUCUAAGCAACAAUAACUCGAAUACCUAAUAAUUAUAGUCAAAAUGUCUUCUGAUAAGUUACUCUUUACACAAUAGUCAUGUUUAUUGUGUUGCAAAUUAUAUAUAUGAAACUAUGAUCUUUUUUUGUACAAAUCUGAUCUUGCUUCCAAACUUUUGGCCUGUAGUGUAUAUGUUUGGUGAUGGGCUAAAGCAUGUGUAUUUGCUCUUUUUCUAUCUACAGUUGCCCCAGACACCUCCACAUACCAGUAUGAUGAGUCUUCAGGUUACUAUUACGACUCCAAGACCGGGCUCUACUAUGACCCACAUAGUCAAGUAUGUGCACUCUUGCCUUUUUUUUCUUACAUAAUGCAAAUCCCCGCACUUCUUUUGUCCUACUCAUGUAUUUUUACACAUGCUUGCCAUCAAUAGUACUACUAUAACUCUGAGACGCAGCAGUACCUCUACUGGGACAGUGAGAAGCAACAAUACAUCCCCGCCCCUCAGUCCGACUUGAGUGCAGAGAAAGCUAACACAGCAGCUAGUUCCUCCGCCACAGUGACAGCAAACAGUAAAGAGGCCAAAGAGAAAAAAGAGAAGCCCAAAAGCAAGUCUGCACAACAGGUAAGUACGACACAUAAACUCUCCUUUUCUCUGCCAUGUCCAUUUAAAGAUACGUUUACUAACAGUUACUAUAAUUACAGAUCGCAAAGGACAUGGAGCGGUGGGCCAAAAGUUUCAAUAAGCAGAAAGAAAGUUUCAAAGGUGGUGUUCAAGGAAUUGGAGCAUCAAGAGAGGAGGACAGGAAAGAGUCUGCAGCUGCUGAUGCUGGUUUUUUUCUCUUUGAGAAGAAGGUAGAUAGAAGAAAUGUGUUUUACUCAAUGUUUGUGUUAUACCCUAAAGUUUUGAGAGGACACUAACUGAUGAAACUGUCAAGCCUUUAUUUAUUGUUUCUUGAUAAGAUUUAUUGUUUCCCUUGUAGCAAUUUGGAGGCUUUGAGAUGCCGUCUCUCAUGGCCGAGCAGUUCAAGACAGCAGAACAAGAGGUUUGUGCUUGUUUUAUUUCCUGAUACAAAAUAACAAAUUUAAACUCAUUCCUGUAACACUUCAGCUUUUUGUUUUCACCUUCAGAGCAGUGUGGUUGCUGCCUACAAUGGUGACAGUGACACAGAAGAGGGCAGCUCUGAUAGAACAGGGGAGGAGGAUGGAAAAAUAACAGACUGGGUGAAGAUGGUGUGUUUGCUCUGUCGACGGCAGUUCCCCACCAAAGAGGCUCUGCUGCGUCACCAGCAGCUCUCCGACCUCCACAAGGUGAGGAAGGAGACACAGCAGGAGUUAAAUCUCAAAGUCGCCAUGAACAUGCCUGGUGUGGGGCCAUCUGUUCAAUCUGAUACACGUAGCUCAAAGAUUCAGCAUUUCAAGUACCUUUCAUUUGUUUCAGCAAAACUUGGAGAUUCAUAGAAGAUCAAAACUCACAGAAGCUGAGCUGGAAGAGUUGGAGAGGAAAGAAACUGAGGUAGUAAGCUUGAGAAUUCAAACUGAAUUUUUAAUGUCAGCAAUGUAUGCAAAGCUUAUUGGCUCAAACUCGGUGGUUAUUUUAACAGCUGAAGUACAGAGACAGAGCUGCAGAAAGACGGGAGAAGUACGGUAUUCCUGAACCUCCUCCACCAAAGAAGAAAUUCUACAAACCACCUACCCCGACAGUGUAAGAUUCAUCUUAUGUCGCUGUAAACAAUCUGAAAUUGUAAAAAUGCACACAUUUAACAUCUCUUGUUGCUCACAUUCAACAGAAACUAUGAGCAGCCCACUAAAGAUGGCCUUACGAGUGAUAACAUUGGGAAUAAGAUGUUGCAAGCGAUGGGCUGGCAGCAGGGCAAAGGUCUAGGGCGCCACCAGCAGGGCAUCACCACUCCUAUCGCGGUGAGAAGAGCUACAAUUCUUAUCAAAGUAUUUACAAAAUCAAACUCAAAUCCCACCAGCUCCAAACAGAUGGAGCAUGCAUGUCAGUGUGCUCUUCUUCACAGCAAUUAGCACCUCCACCUGAGGGCUACCUCUCUCCAAUCUGUCUCCUCUAAUAGGUAUCUUCUACUCCCCACAGGCUUCAUUAAGGACCAAGGGAACAGGUCUGGGUGUUAAAGGAAGCUCAUAUGAUUUGGCAGCAUCUGACACCUACAAGGAUGCUGUUCGUAAGGCCAUGUUUGCACGCUUCACCGACUUAGAGUGAACUCAAAAGAGAGAAGAGGUCCUUCUGAGACAGGGAUUCGUUUGUGGCCAAAUAAUCUGUGAAAGAAUUUUUUUUUCCUCCUGUAAAAACUUGAACUGAAAUUUCUAUUCUAUCAGAGUCUAUGAAAUCUAGUUUUAUUUUAUUUUGUAUGUCUAGAUAUUUUGUCAUCAAAUGUUUUCAGUUGAAGAAACAUUAAUAUCUUGUUUGUGUUUUAUGAUGUGGACUAGCUGAGGCGUUGUUUCUGUGAAAACUGAAAGAAUCAAUGUAAAAAUUAAAGCCAACCAUUGUGCUCAAACAUACUUGUCAGUAAAAUGUCGUCUGCCUUUAAAAACUCCCUUUUUUCUGUGGGAGGGGUUCAAACUGCUUAAUGUGCUGCAAAGAGAAAAAAAAAUGCCAUACAACUUUGAGAUUAUUCAGUAAUGCAGCAUGAAAUGGUGUCAUGUUGUUACUCUACUUUGUUUGCAUGGAGGCUUGUCUCUCCUCCCUUUGCUACCCACAGUAAAGAUCCAGCCUGUCAGACAGACUAAUAAAUUUUAGAUAGUCCCAGAUCUUCAAAAAA